GUCCAACAUUCCUUCACGCACACUCCCACAUAAACCACAUUUAAAAGGAGUCGGUGGUGAGGGUUUUCAUUACAGGAGAAAGUCAUCAGAGGAACUCCUUGGCAUCAUUCAAAGUAUUCUUCAGCCUGCAGAGUGAAAAUGGUGAAGUAUGAAGUGACCAUAUCCACUGCCUUUAUGGCUGGUGCUUCCACUUUUAACCAUAUCUUCAUUAAGUUCGUGGGCACUGAUGGGGAGAGUGAUCGCAAAUGGCUCCGAAACUUUAAAGGUGCUUUAGCUUUCACCAAGGGAGCAGUGUCUUGUUUUACUGUGUGCAACCCUGUCUCCAUUGGGAGGCUGGUUCUGAUAGAGCUGGACAAACAGCGUCUCCCACUUUUCCCUGAAGACAGCUGGUUUCCUACCAAAGUGGAAGUGAAAUCCCCUGAGGGGCACACCUACAACUUUCCCAUCUACCGCUGGAUCACUGACAGCGAGGUUCACCGCUUCAGAGAGGGAACAGCUCUGACAACUAUUUAUGACACCAAUCAUCUUGGCAAGUACAGUCGGGAGAAGGAGCUGAAGCAGCGAGAGGAAGAUUACCGCUGGGAUGUGUAUGAAGAGGGAAUACCCCAUUCAAUAAAGACAGAAAACCCUCUCGAUCUGCCCUGUGAGGUCCGCUUCUCCUUCACCAAGACCACUGAGUUUUUCUUCACUGCAGCAUCAGGGCUGACUGAGCUGCAGCUCAAUGGACUGGCUAAUUGUGAGAAGCCAUGGACUGAUAUCGAGGAUAUCAACCGGGUGUUCUGCUGCAAACGGACUGCCAUAUCAGACUAUGUCCAGGAACACUGGAAAGAGGACGCUUUUUUCGGCUACCAGUUUCUGAAUGGUGUAAACCCCACAUUGAUCCGACGUUGUUCAGCCCCCCCAGUGAAUUUUCCUGUCAACAACAACUUGCUCGGCUUCCCUGGUCAGUGCAGUCUGGAAGAUGAAAUGAAGAAUGGCAACAUAUUCCUCUGUGACUACAAAGUUUUCGAUGGUGUGGAACCAAACACCAUCAAUGGGAAGAAGCAGUACUUGAUGGCUCCCCUUGUACUGCUCCACAAAACACAUGAUGAUAAGAUGAAGCCAAUUGCCAUCCAGCUGAAGCAGACUCCAGGAGACGACAAUCCCAUCUUUUAUCCUACUGAUUCUGAGUACGACUGGUUGAUUGCAAAGAUUUUUGUGAGAAGUGCAUAUUUCAAUGAACACCAGCUCAAUGCCCACUUAUUGCGCACUCAUCUGCUGGCUGAAGUGUUUGCUGUGUCCCUGCUGCGUCAUAUCCCUAUGGUGCACCCUCUUUACAAGCUCCUCAUCCCUCACACUCGAUACACCCUACAGAUCAACCACUUAGCUCGACUCUUGCUCAUAUCUAAGACUGGUGUUUUCACACAGUUUGCAUCUUCGGGUGGAAAGGAUAUGUUCACAAUCCUGAAGAGAGCGCUGUCCUCAGUCACCUACAGCUCCCUCUGCAUACCAGAUGACAUUGCUGAGCGUGGGGUGGAGGCUGUGCCCAACUACUACUACAGGGAUGAUGGACUCAAGCUGUGGGAUAUUAUCCACAGGUUUGUGCAAGGAAUCCUCUGUUUCUACUACAAGAGUGAUGCUGAGGUCCAGCAGGACGCUGAACUGCAGAGGUGGAUUUCAGACGUCUUUGAACAUGGAUUUCUCUCCCAGCCCUGUCCAGGAAUUCCUAAGAGCUUUACCACAGUGGCUGAACUGGUCAAGUUUGUUACCAUGGUGAUCUUCACCUGCUCAGCACAGCACUCAGCUGUCAAUUCUGGACAGUAUGACUACGGUGGCUGGAUGCCCAACACUCCCAUCUCCCUGCAACUUCCUCCACCAACCACCAAGGGAAAAACCAGUGAAGCCACCAUGCUGCAGACGUUCCCUGAUGUCAAUGUAACAGUUCAGGGGAUGGCCACCUUGUGGCUGCUCAGCAAGCAGUCCUCUGACUUUAUCCCUCUUGGCAGGUACCCUGAUGAACAUUUCAGUGAGGAAACUCCCUGCAAGCUGAUCAAAGAUUUUCAAGGAGAGCUUCAAAUCUUGAGUCAAACCAUCAAAGUCAGAAACCAGAGCCUUGAAGUCCCGUACAAAUACAUGGAUCCAACCGAGGUAGAAAAUAGUGUGGCCAUUUAAACACCAGACAGUGUGACUUCCUCAGCUGGUGGCAAAAUUCAGCUUCACACUGACAAGAGUAAGAAAGGUGGAUCUGCAUGAUUUGUUUUAUCUGGUGCUGUAGUAAAACAUCUCCUCUGCAUGUGGCUAAGGAUAGCUUAUCUGUAAUUUUUCCCAGCUUAAAUGAUAUGAUGAUUAUGAUGAUUGUAAACAUGUUUGCUUUUACUAAUCCUUGUAAUGUUGUCUGUGAAUGUACAAAGCUGCUUAAAAAAUAAACCAAAAAUUAGAAACCCUGGUA